CCCCUCCCCCUCUUUCUCCGUCCGCAGCACCCGCGGGGCCCGUGUACCCAACGAACCCAGAAACCGAGAAUUCCAUUACAAGACACUCUUUGGAAGUACGGCACCCUCAAUAUAAUUGAGGGCGAUUUUUUUUCGGGUUACAAACUUGCGGCUGAUACCGGUACCUCCAGCUAUACAACCCUGGAGCUCGUUGCCCCACCCGGCCUCCAGCCUAUCCCUUGCUUAGUCGACAUCAUCCCGAUCCCUCGUUCCUCCCCCCCCUCUUCCCCUCCAAGCUUGCUUCAAACCUACUCCACACCAUUAGCCUACGACAAACGGGAACCUUCGUCCGCUCCUCCCCUCGAUAUUCACUUGACUUGGUUUGAUAUUGUGGUCCCUUUCCGCCCUCCCACGAGUUUGGCUCCAGAGAGGACAAAUUAAUUAUGACUUCAAACCAAAGCCGUCCCGUCCAGCGAGAAUUAGUUUAUUGCCACGCCUGUAGGGAGGAGUGGUACAGAGAUGAACAUGGCUUGGUUUGCCCGCGCUCAACCUGCGGUAGCGACGCUGUGGAGAUUGUGGGCAUUCCGUCCCCUUUGUUCCGCUUUUCUUUUAUGGGACCACCAUUGCGCUAACAACUGAUCCUGCUUCUUGCAGAUCGAGGAAAAUAGCGAUCCCCGGUCGGAUCGGGGUGGAUUUACUUUUCAUCACACAUUUAAUGAUGCCGGCGAUGAUGACGACGAUAAUGAGAAUGAUCACAGACACCGUGCCAGUGCCACCUUGUUUCAUUUUGGUGGCCCAGGCUUGAGAGUCACUUCUGCACAGCGAGGUUUCAGAAGCACUCGUAGUUCCGACCAACCGCCAAGACAGGGUUCGGCAGGUUCGGCCGGCCCAGACGAUGAUAUUCCUCUAGUUGCUACAGAGGAUAUGAUGAAUAUGUUCACAACCAUCGUUCAGACUUUGGUUGGUCCCGUGGCAUCACCUGGUCAGCCGCCACAUCGCCCAGGUGAGGGCGGACCGCCACAACCACCCGGGGCUGACGAACAUAACCACACCCGCUCUCAUGCGCAUGCCCACGCACAUGCGCACAUGUUUGGUCCGGCUGGGUUUGGUGGCUCGGAGAGAUUCUUCUAUGAUUCUGGCGCUAGAUUGAGCCCGAGAGAUGCUGAUGCGCCGCAACCGGCUGGGGAACCGCGGGUGGUGGAUUUGGCAGCGUACGUUACUGCAGCCAUCACUUUCGAGAUUUUGAUAGUUUCACUGUCAGCCAUUGCAGCGUGAAGUGUAUUGUCGCUGACGCGUUUUUAACUACGCUGAUAGGAUCCUUAGUUUAUUUGGGCCUAGAUCGGAGGGGGGUGGACCUGCACUUGGCCCUGGCCCUGGCGGCUUGCUCGCUCGAUUAAUGGGGAUGCCACCCGGUACGGAGGGUGACUUUGUUUACACUCAGGCGCAGCUUGAUCGAGUGCUCUCUCAACUCAUGGAGCAGCACCAGGGAAAUGCCCCACCUCCAGCUUCGAGGGAAGCCAUAGAGUCACUGCCUAAAGUGAAGGUUACUCGCCAAAUGGUAAUAGAUGGAGAUGACUGUGCCAUAUGCAAGGAAGAGCUUGUUAUGGAUGAAGAGGUCUCGCAAUUGCCAUGCAAACACUGCUACCACUUCCAGUGCGUCUCGAGAUGGUUGGAAGAACACGAUGUAGGUAUUCGUCACCCCAUAUCACUCGCUGACCCAAGCUAACCCUUCCAGACAUGCCCUAUAUGCAGGCAUCCAAUUACACCGGGAGACCCACGGCAGCCGCCACAGCCACCAAAUGCACAGCAGCCUCGGUCAACUGUAUGGCCAUUUAACACUUCCACUCUACGCCCACCAAACGAGUCACAAUCGCCUGGUGGUUCUUCGUCCCCUGGAAAUGGCAGUAACAGUGGUUCCAGAAGUAGCGGUGGAAGCAGACUUGCAGACCUGUUUAGGCGGAACAAUGGCGACCGUUCUUCCUAGUGGUAGAUUGGGAGCUGGCGCCCGGUUUUUUUUUUUAUAAAAAAAAGGAAAAGCGAAAAACAAAAAGCGAACAAACGGGGGUUUCAGGCGAACUGUGGGAGUUGGGUUUCAUCGUUUUUUCACCUCCUUAGUCCUCCUUUCCGUGUCAGUUCUCCAUUUUCCUCCACCUUUGCGUUAUUUACCUCUUCGCCGCUUCGGCCCUCAACUGAAAGUUCGUCCUGAUCAAGUAAUCCUGUAAAAAAAUCAAUUCUGUUCCGUGGGUGAUUUAUUUUUUCCGUUUUUCCAUUCUCGUUUUCUCUCUAUAUAUCUAAGCUGGGUAUCGCAUUCUUUCUUCCAUUCUAUUUGCUCACUGCUUUCUCAUUCAAGGAUAGAGGUUUACCUUUUUGUGCGCCUGGGUCUUGAAGCGCAGAAUUUGACUUGUUGGUAUGGGGACAUCUACGACACGGUGUCCAUGGGCAAAUAUUUUUUAGCGGUGGCUAUUUCUUCUGUACUUAGUCCUGUUUAUUGGCUGAUGUCGCUUGUGUGCCCCUGAAACUAAGUUGAGGGGGUUUAAUGGUGCUUCCGUGUUAAUUUUUGUCUCUUUCGCGAAGGCAUAGCACAUGGCUUUUUUUUAAAGCAGCGGCAAGUAGUAGCCGGAGGGCGGAUAUCACGGCUAUUUUUUUUAUUUCCUACAAAUAAUAAGGUCAAUACAAGUUCCGAGCCCAUGGUAUAACUGAUAAUGUGUGAGUGAUUUUCUGUGAUUCUGUCUGUGUUUAAAGUAGUCUCACAUUGUGCCGGUUCCAAGGCCGCGCACCCUGCCUACCCACCGCACAGUGCCUGAUGUGGCGAUUGUUAGGGUUCUGCGUCGUAUGUAUGGUGCCCCACUGCGGUAUCGGACGGGACUAGGCCGGACAUCAGAAAAAGGCGAAGCUGUAGUGUACUGUACUCUGC